GGGAAGUCCCUUGCCCUGAUGCCUUAUGGUUGGUUCUGUGAACACGGACAAGCGUCUUCUAUGGCACCCAUUGCAAAGAAACAAGUUCAUACUCGGCGGCGGCUCACAAAUCACGCUCUACGAAUGGGCUGCAGAGGAGCAAGAAAUCCGACACAUCACUUCGCAGCAUGACCUGCAGUUCAUGAAGACAUUUGCAUGGUCUCCAGAUCCCUUUUUCGAUGACCUGGUGGCGGUGGGGUUGAGCACGGGGAGGAUAGAUUUAUUGCGAUUGGAGGCGACGAGGACGCGGCGGUUGGCGGGAGGCACCAGCGUACUAUCGGGAGGUCCGAUAAUCUCACUCACCGCACGCAACUCGCGCUCCUGCAACGCGCUCGACUUCUGUAGACUCGACCCCAACUACCUCGCAGUGGGACUCGACAAAAUGCGCAACGAUGCCAGUCUGGUGAUCUACGACAUCGCCAGCACUCGCAGCAAGUUGUCCUUCUCGAUUUCCACGCCAAACGAUGUGCUCGUGGACUCGCCGAAGCGCCCACAGCCGCUCAUCCCGCGCAACGAGCUCCCGCCCCGCGCAGACGCGCGCACAGUGCAGCACCACGCACUCACGGAGGUCGUCACCGCAGUGUCUUACGUCGCAAACACGAACCACCUCGUCCUCGCUGGCGUGUCAUCCCGCUGGCUCCGGUUGCUCGACGUCCGGACGGCGGCGCCUGCGAUCACGAGCGUCGCGGCGAAAGUGCAGAGCAUAGUGACUGACCCGUCCGACCCGCACCGCGUCGCGACGUUUGGUGAAGGGUUCGUGAGCGUCUGGGACACGCGCAAAAUAGCACCGUUGCCAAUGCUCAGCUUCACGGAACAGGACGCGACUGGUGAUGGUGCGUUCGUGCGCCCCGCGGCCCCUUAUGUGGGGAUCGAGUUCUCUCGUACACGGCGUGGGACCCUUGCUGCGUUGCACAAAGAUACAAAUUAUGUGCGCUUUUGGGAUCUCUUGGGGACGAAGGGAACAGUCGACGUUGGGUCGGCAACGGGAUCUUCGGACGGUGGGAUGCCUGCUGAGGGAUCAUCACUUUCGAGCCGGCUCGCGCGCAAAUCGUGGACGGCUGGACUUCCCUGGGCCACAUCUGCUUCAACAAGAGAAGUGGGCCAUAGCUCGCUCGUGUUGUCUGAUACCCGCCGAACCAAACUGUUUCCCAAAACCUUGUCGUCCUUUGCACUUGUGCCUCAGCCCACGACAUCAUUGACGUCUGAGGUGAUGGUUGUGUCCCCGCAAGGCGACCUCGAAAUCUGCGCACUCCAUGACACACCAAAGCAGGCUGUCUGGAGCAACCGUGGGGAUCUAGCCGUCAGCGCCGGCCACCGGUACCGCGUUUUCCCUGGGAUAUUGGAUGGAGAGGAGUUGGAAAAAGAGUUUAUUCAACAGCGCGAACGAGAGUCUUCUCUCGAGCAGUUCCGCUACGCACAACAACAACAGGAUGCUAUCAAAAGUCGGUCGGAACCGAAGUCGACAUCACCGCAACAGCACAUGCUGCGAGGAAGGCGAUCAAUGCCUUCCUUCGAUCCCCGGCCGGUGUUGUUUGGUCGAGGGGAUGAUGACGGCUUUCCGGCGCUUUCGACGGACAGCUCAAGCACACUCAUGAGCUCUUCGAUUGCUGCGUUGAGAGACGCGUCUCCAGCUUCAGCCGUUCGGGUCUCGGCUCCGACAGGGAUCUCUGCGACCAGGCCGGUCUCGGUUUCCAAGUCCCGAACGUUCAGUCCGUCUUCGAUGCGACAUUAUCCGUACGAGCCGACUCAACGCUCUCGUUCCAACUCGCGGCCGGCGAUACUGAAAAGCGCAUCUACCAAAGAUUCAGCGCCUCCUGUAAAAUCCCUCGAGGUGAAGAUCCGAGCAGCACCUGUUAGUCGCAGUGCGAGCAGGAUCAGAGGGAUCGAGCAUCUCAUUGAGGACGACAUUUCCAUGGUGAUGCGCAGAAGAUGCUUGCGAGGUUACAGCGUUGGCAAUCCAUACCACAACACAACCGUCACUCGAGACGAUGUAGCUCCUGUGCCCGAGAUGCUAUCUGGAUUGUGGACAUGGCUCAACAAGGCUCAAGAUUUUUUGUGUGUGCCGACACCUCGGCUGCACGGCUAUGAUUUCUCUUAUCAGGGUAUCAUGGGAAUCUGGUUCGGGUUUCCUCAUGUUGCACCUCCAACCGAGCAGACGCUCGAACGAGCGAAGACACGCAGUCGGUCACCCAGUCGAGACGGCCGCUCGCCUGCAGAUGACCUACAUGGCAAUUUCCAAGCUGCCUUGUCAGAUCUGGCUCUCCGUAACGGCGACAAGAUCCCCUGGAAAUUUCACGCUGUGAACUCUGCCAAGACAUUGCAACGUCAGAUUGGACUGAAGCUGUUAGGUUGGAGCCUCCGGGAAGAAGAUCUGCAGGCGCACGUCAAAAGGUGGAGAUGGGAGCAGGACGGUCAGCGAACUCGCGCGGCGUGCUGGCUGGUCUUCGCGAACAAGCAUGCGCAGGCUCUUGAUGUACUCCUGGGAAGCAAUGAUGAGACCGAUAACAUGAUGUCUGGAACUCUCGCUGCCCUGACGGCUGAUCCAUCCUCGGCCAGAAACGUCGCUUUUCGAGAGCACUGCGAGAAGCUGAUCAUCCGGAUUCAAGAUCCCUACUUGCGGGCCAUGCUUACCCAUCUCACGCUUGGAGACUGGUCAGAGGUUCUGGAUGAGGAGGCUAUACCGUUCCGAGAGCGUUUGGCCAUCGCCUUGCAGUUCUUGGAGGAUGAUGCGCUUUCCUCGUAUCUGCUGAACUGUGUGGACAACUCGUGUCGCGGAGGGCAUGUAGAUGGGCUCAUGGUCACUGGUCUCACCAAACGGGGCCUGGACAUCCUCCAAAGCUAUGUCGACCGCUCCGGUGAUUUCCAGACUGCGGCCAUACUCGCCUCUUACGUUUGCCCGGCCAAAUUCACCCAUACGCGGGCAGAAAGAUGGGUAGAAGCGUAUCGGGACAUGCUGGAUGGCUACAAACUUCACCAUUAUCGCGUGAGCUUUGACAUUGAGCGCGGUGGAUUGGUGCAGGACGCUGUCGAGCACGGAGACCGGGCUCCUGUCGACUGGGCUCCCCGACAGAUUCUCAUCCGCUGCAACUAUUGCAAUAAGCCAGUGACAGGACCAGAUUCCGGGAAACACAGGCCGACGACUUGUGCGAACUGUAACAGAUCACUUCCGCAAUGCUCUGUGUGUUUGAUGACGCUGAGCAUUGUCCCGGAUGCAGUGAGAGAUGCGGAGAUGUUUUAUUCUACUGUCAAGGACACCAUUGACGACGCGAUUUUGAUCUGCCAGACGUGCAAGCACGGAGGUCAUGCGUCGCAUAUCAUGGAUUGGUUUUUCGGGGAGGAUGGACGCUCGCACGGGCUCUGUGCCGUAGCCAAUUCACCCCACAAUGCCAAGCGAUCUUUUCCGCUUGCUAGCAGUGACACCGUACCUCAGUUACUGAGUACAUAUCACGAUCCUUUCCUUUUUUCAUCAGCCAUGUUCAUGUGGCCGCGCUCCCUGGGCUCCAGGUUCGUUGCAAUUGGGGCAUUGCUGGCGCUUUUCCUGUUGGCGCGUGUGACAUAUUCGAACUCUGACCGGUUCUCCCACUACGACCUCUUUGGGUCCCGGCGGACAGGCCUCUGUCCGCCCGAAGCAUACAAUCAAGGCGCAUGGCUCCGCAAUCCGAGCGCGAAUAUGUCGUCAGUGCAUGCAAAGGAGGAGGUAUUGAGCUUGAGCGGGUUUGAGGCUUGUGCGAGUUCACGAGAAUACUGGUGGCAUCUUGGUGCCGACAGCGAAGAGCGUCUGAACCGGUUCCCAGAUGUGACGUCCUGGAAGUGGACGCCGGACAACAAGCAAUGUCAGAUUCAAGAUAUGGCGCAGUUCAAUCUUUUAUCCGAACUUGUGGAGGGCGGAGGGUGGCUACUUAUUGGCGACUCCAUUACCGAGGGACAUUUCUUCUCACUUUCAUGUUCGCUGUUCCCUCACGUCCGGGCCACGCCGGACUACGUUGCGAAUCCGUACUGGGACCGCGCCUGGCCACAAAACCUCUAUCUCGAUCCAAAAUCUCCCCUCAUCCCCCACCUGAAGCUCCCCACCGGAUUCUCCAUCGAAGAGACACCGCUGGUGACGUUCCGGCGCAUUGACGCGCUCAUGAGCGAGCAGCAGCUCGCUGAUCUGCACCGUUCGCUGCACCCUGAGGCACCGCCCGAGUUCAAGCUGCUUAGCGAUGAGCAGAUGUGGUCGCUCACGCCGGCUGAAUACCUCGAGAUUUUCACGGCGCCGCUGCCGAAGGGCAACUACAAGACGAUGGUCGUCAGCACUGCGGGGCACUGGACCACGACGCUCUUUGCGGGAUUCAAGGACGAGGCGAAGCCCGGGAACGGGAUCGAAGGCGUGAUCCAGUUCUUCGCGCAGGUCGUCGAGCACUGGUCCGCGGAGAUGCAGUCGGCGCUGGACGCGCACAGGCUGGAGACUGGCAGGGAACGCCAGGUUGUGGUCCGUGCGUAUCUCCCUGGGCACGAGGACUGCCAUGACUGGAAAAGCCCGUGGACGGAGAUCAAGCCCUUUGUAUGGAAUUGGUACAACUGGGGCAGCAUCUGGGAAUUCAACAGGGAGUUUGAGAAAGUACUCAGCGGACACUCUUAUCCCAACAUACAUUGGCUGGGUAUCGACCGACCAGGCAGAUUGCGACCGGACGCUCAUGUUAUGAGCGACUGUCUACAUAUCAUGGCGGGCGCUGGUGUCCUGGAGGGCUGGACACAUUAUAUCUGGCAUUUCGUCUCCACAGAGCUGCCUGCCCGUAUCAUUCGUUAAAUUCACAAAAUCAUAAUCGAGCUCGAGACUGCGAAAAGUGGUGUGAUGAUACAAU